ACUAAUUUGUAAUCAUUAAAAUGAAAUGAUUCAGAAAGCUAACGUUAGUUUGCGCUUUUCAACCUGAAUAAGUAGUUGUGCAGAAUUAUUCACAUAAAUAAAUUAAAAAUAUUACAAAUAUGUUGAAAUAAUAAAUUGUGCGAAGAAAAUUCAAAUAACUGCUUAAAUCUCUCAUACAUUUCAUUAAAAAAACAACCUUCAACAAAAUUUAAAAAAUAGGCAAAUUUCGAAACGCAUACGGCCUUCCACGACUAAAUUCCGAAUCACAGCAUAUCACAUUCAACCGUCAAACAGAACAGACGAUACCUGUGCCUAAAAAAAAAACAAAACUGUCAUGGCGGUCUCGUAUGCAGUUUCGCCGGUUUCGCGCGUACUUAGGCGCGCUUCGCCCUUUUUCUACCAAAAAAGGUUAGAAUCUACUGUCGCUAGUUUGACAAAAGAUGAAAUUUUAAUAUUAUUACGACCGCCAUUUACAAAUUGGAGUAAUAUUAUACGUGAUGCGGAGAAAGUCGUUGGAUAUCCAACAUCGUUUAUGAACUUACGGUGUCUUCUUAGUGAUGAAUUUGCAAAUAUGGCGUUGUAUCUACGAAAAUUGGUUGGCAGCAACCACCUCGUGAUGCAGACAGCAAAGAACGUCCUCUACGGUGACUCCAAGAACUUACAACCUUGGGGCCUCAUCAUCCUCUUACUCUCAAAAUCAGUCAAGACCCCAACCUACACUCCUCAAAUGAAGAAGAAUGAGGAGCAGACAAGAGUGCUAGCAGAACUUACAGAAAUGAUGAGAACUGGUCAUCUUAUACACAGAGGUAUCGUCAACGUACCAUUUGCAAAGCGAUCCAAGAAUACAGAAUCAGCUAUCUUUGGCAACAAAAUUGCUAUCCUUCUAGGCGACUACCUUUUGGUAACAGCUAAUGGUAUGCUAGCUAAUCUUCGAAACUCAGAUGUGUCUUACAUAAUUUCAACAGCUUUAAAAGACCUUUCGGAAGGUGAGUUUUUCGGGGAAAGAGACGAACAAAACAUGCCUCUUCCAGGAAAACCAAAAAUCAACGCCCAAGAUUACGAAAUAACUUUCGAUACAAACUCUAUCGCUGUGGACGACGUUUUGGGGAAACCUAGGAAGGAAUGGACGGCUAGGACGGUGUACAAUGGCGUAAGCUUACUCGGUAGGGGCUGCCAAUCAGCUAUGGUGUUAGACAAACAGAAUAGGGAAACUCAGAACAUAGCAUAUCAGUUCGGUUGUCACGUUGGUCUAGCAUGGCAAGCUGCCACAGAACUUCAGCAGCUAACAUCAGACAGUAAAGAACAAUUUUGCUUAGCAAGUGCCCCUGUACUUUUCGCUUUAGAUAACAACCCUAAUUUAUACAAAAUUAUAGCUCAAGCGAAAAACGACGUUAAGGACGUUGAUUAUGAAGAUUUGAAGUUUAAUAUCCUUAAAACUGAUGCUUGUGAUAAGACUAAGAAAUUGUAUGAGGAGCAUGCUAAAAAAGCAACGGAAUAUAUUGAGGGGAUUGCUCAGAAUGAAUCUGUGGAUAUGAUUAAAAAGUUGAUCAAUACUUUCUAAUUUUAUUCUGCGAUUUAAAAUCGACACUUUCUCAACUCAUGAUUAAGGACUCUGGUUGGGUCCGAAACUAGUCGG